AUGACUACAUUUACUAGAGUGUUGAAUGGACGUGGUAAAAAUCUUUUUGAAAUACAAUUCUCUGAUGGUAAUACGACGUUAUGUAUCUUACCACCAAAAUUUCGUAAUCUCAUAUGGGUGAAACGAGGUAAAGAAACUACUGAGCGUGUAGGCAAAGUUGGAGGAGAAAUUGAACACGUAUUAUUUUCCGAUCAUAUUAAACAUUUAAAAUAUCAAGAAAUAUGGCCUCAAGGGUUUGAAAAUCAAGAAGAGGAAAAUUCAAGACAAGAUACGAAUUCUGAUGAACUUUUCGUAAAUACUAACCGCCACGAAAUUGGCGACGAUACAACCACCUCGAGUGAAAAUGAAGAAAAUUAA